AGGAAUUCUGUUAGAAUAUAAAAGUAUUGUACAUAAAAACAAUGGCAGAUAUAGACACUUAUUUUUGCACAUUGCAUCUCUGUUAAAACAACUCUGCAGCUGCUGUUUUUUUAUUGACAGAUCAAAUUGCCUUGUGAUAGGCUGUGUACUUCUGAAUGCAGACAUAGUUCUUCAGUAUCUUAUGCAAAAGUUUAUUAUGGCUGUUUAGAAAAGUUCCUAAGAGCAUUAUUUUUAACAAUUGCAAUGAAUCGGAAUUAACAAAAACAAAAAGCCCCAAAGAACACUUGGUAUAUCAGAUAUUAUUAAAUGUGCAGUUCAUACCUGGGAAAUUUGUUGUAAUUUACAUAUAACUGACCCAAUUACGUACAUUACAAUGCAUGAAUUCUCAGAAUGUGCUGUACAGGUUGAAAUUCAUGGUUGUGAUGUCACAGUUUAAGGCCAGAAGGGACCACCAGAUAACUGAGGAUGACCUCCUAUAUAUCACAGAGAAGGGAAGGGGCACAUUUCACCAGAAUUGGAGAUCUGAGUGAAAUAACUUGUGGUAAACUAGUUUCUCCUCAAAUGACAUCCAAUAUGGCAAGUUAUUUCACCAACAUUAUUGAAUAUAUACAAGAGAAAUCUGACUGAGCACAAGGAACCUUGGUACCUGCAAACCAGCGCAAUGGUUACUUCAGCACCAUAUCUGCUACCUCAUCUAGAUAUACGAGAUGAUGAAAUGACCUUCCACCGCAAAUAUGAACCUAGUUUAAAAACAAUGAUUCCUGUCCGCCUCAAAGCAAAAUCUGCUGUUAACCCAAUGGAUAAUGCAGGACUGUUCUCAUUUGCUACAUAUUCUUGGCUUUCAUCUUUAAUGAUCAAAGGAUACAGACACAAUAUUAACGUGGACACCUUACCUCCAUUAUCAUAUCACGAUAGUUCAGAGCCAAAUGCAAAAAGAUUUCGACUCCUUUGGGAAGCAGAGCUUGCAAGAGUCGGGCCUGAAAAAGCUUCUUUGGUCAGAGUAGUUCUUAAAUUUCAGAGAACAAGAAUUUUGGUGGAUGUGAUAGCAAACUUCAUUUGUAUUUUCUUGGCUGCUUUAGGACCAACUGUGAUCAUUCAUAAAAUUCUACAGCACAGUGAAAGUGUCUCCAAAGACAGCAUUCGGGGAAUUGGACUCUGCAUAGCACUUUUUCUUGCUGAACUUUCCAAAGUAAUAUUUUGGGCAUUAGCAUGGGCCAUCAACUACCGUACAGCUAUACGAUUAAAAGUUGCUGUAUCUACAGUAGCUUUUGAAUAUCUAUUAGCAUUUAAGUCUUUGACACACAUCUCUGUUGGUGAGGUCAUUAAUGUAUUAUCUAAUGACGGCUAUCGAAUGUUUGAAGCUGCCUUAUUUUGUCCUCUGCCAAUUACUGUGCCUGCACUAAUGAUCGUUUGUACCAUAUAUUCUUGUCUUAUUCUUGGUCCCACUGCACUCACAGGAACAUUUGUUUAUAUUAUAUUUAUACCUCUACAGAUGUUCAUGGCUAAGCUCACAUCCGUAUUCCGACGAGCUGCUAUUUCAGUGACUGAUACGCGUGUGCAAACAAUGAAUGAGAUUUUAACAUGCAUUAAAUUGAUUAAAAUGUAUGCUUGGGAAAAAUCGUUUGCAAAGGCAAUCAAAGGUAUAAGAAAUGUGGAAAGGAAAAUACUGGAAAAAGCAGGAUAUGUACAAAGUGUAAACUCUGCUCUGACACCUAUUGUAUCAACACUGGCUACUGUCAUGACAUUUGUUUUACACACUCUUUUAAAGCAAGAACUAACUGCAUCAGUUGCAUUUAGUGUGAUUGCCAUGUUUAAUGUAAUGAAGUUUUCAGUUGCUAUCUUGCCUUUCUCAGUGAAAGCAGCGGCAGAAGCUAAAGUUUCCCUAACAAGAUUGAAGAAAAUUCUCCUAACUGAAAUCCUUCCUGUUUAUGUAAAGCAAUUGAAAAAUUCAGAAAAUGCUGUGGUAAUGGAAAAUGCUACAUUGUCUUGGGAAUGUCUGAAUGAACACAGCAGAAAGAACAAUAAUGAAAACAGUAUGAAUGGGAAGAGUGCUUAUAAAUACCAACCAAAACCAGAGCCUGUCCUUCCUCACUCUGAGACAUCAAUCAGAGAAACAGGAAAAGAGGGUAGUGAAGCAAUUGCUUUAUACAAUUUAAGCUUUACUGUGAAGAAGGGAAAGGUCUUGGGAAUUUGUGGAAAUGUUGGAAGCGGAAAGAGCUCAGUCAUAUCAGCUAUUCUAGGACAGAUGUACUUGUAUGAUGGGACAGUAGGUGUUGAUGGAACAUUAGCUUAUGUGUCACAACAAGCAUGGAUAUUUCAUGGAAAUGUUAGGCAGAAUAUAUUAUUUGGAGAAGAAUACAAUGAAGAAAGGUACAAUUAUGCAAUCAAUGUGUGCAGUCUGAAGUCAGAUAUGGAAACGCUUCCUUAUGGAGAUUUGACUGAAAUAGGUGAAAGAGGUCUCAACCUCUCUGGAGGCCAGAAGCAAAGAAUCAGCUUAGCUCGUGCUGUUUAUGCCAACAGAGACAUUUACUUGUUGGACGACCCCCUAUCAGCAGUCGAUGCACAUGUUGGAAAAUACAUUUUUGAGAAAUGCAUAAAAGAGGCCCUUAAAGGAAAAACAGUAGUUCUUGUAACUCAUCAACUACAGUAUUUAGAAUUCUGUGAUGAAGUCAUUUUAUUAGAAGAUGGAGAAAUAUAUGAAAGGGGAACUCACAAAGAUUUAAUGAAAGAAAAAGGACGCUAUGCUCAGCUAAUUCAAAACCUCUAUAUGGAGCAAGCAAAGGACCCAGAAAUUAUUUUGACUGGAUCAAUGAAAGAACCAACGAGCAAAACUCAGGAUACGAGUGAUUCCUCAGGAAGCUCUUAUGGAGGAGUUGAAAAUCCUGCUUUUGUUAUGUCUGAUGAAAAAAUCAUCAUAAAGGAACCUGAGAGAGACCCACAAAGGGAAAAUAACACAGCUCCUGUAAACCAACUUGUUAGAAAAGAGGAAAAACAAGAAGGCUCAGUGACAUGGAAAACCUAUCAUGCUUAUAUUAAGGCAUCUGGAGGUUUCAUAAUGUCUUCCUUUGUUGUACUUCUCUUUAUUUUGAUGAUUGGCUGCUCAACCUUCAGCAAUUGGUGGUUAAGUUUCUGGCUAGAACAGGGCUCAGGGACAAACUGCAGCCUCCUGAGUAAUGAAACAGAAUAUCCCAUUUGUGACAUGGGAAGCAUCUCGGAUAACCCCAGACUGCACUUUUACCAGUUAGUCUAUGGAAUGAGCAUGGUGACCAUGAUUGUCCUAAGCAUCAUCAAAGGGUUUGUUUUCACAAAGACAACGUUAAAGGCUUCUUCAAUGUUACAUGAUGAUGUAUUUUAUAAGAUCUUACUGAGUCCAAUGAGUUUCUUUGAUACAACUCCCACUGGCAGGCUAAUGAACCGUUUUUCUAAGGAUAUAGAUGAACUGGAUGUGAGACUUCCAUUUCAUGCAGAGAAUUUUUUGCAGCAGUUUUUUAUGGUGAUCUCUGUUCUAAUCAUAAUAGCCAUUGUGUUUCCGUUCCUCCUAAUUGCAGUUGUUGUCCUAGCUACUAUUUUUGUUAUUCUCUUUCAAAUUUUUCAGAGAGCCAUCAGAGAACUAAAAAGAAUGGAAAACAUUAGCAGAUCUCCAUGGUUUUCACACAUUACUUCUUCUGUGCAAGGCCUCAGUGUAAUUCAUGCUUAUAAUAAAAAAGAAGACUAUAUCAACCAGUUUAAAAUGCUAAAUGAUGAAAACUGCGGCCAUUUUCUGCUGUUUAAUUAUGCACUACGCUGGUUUGCGGUUAGAACCGAUAUCCUCAUGACCUUGGUAACCUUCAUUGUGGCAUUAUUUGUUGCUUUGAGCCCUUCUUUUAUUAGUACUGCAGCAAAAGGCUUGGCUUUGUCCUAUAUUAUCCAGUUGAGUGGACUUCUCCAAGUAUGUGUAAGAACAGGGACUGAGACAGAAGCUAAAUUCACUUCUGUUGAACAGAUACAAGAAUAUAUCUCGACAUGUGUUCCUGAGGCCUCCCAGUGUGCAGAUAUAGUGAACUCUCCCAAAGGCUGGCCGCAUCGAGGGGACAUCACAUUUAAAGAUUACCAGAUGAAAUAUAGAAACAACAGUCCUGUUGUUCUCAAUGGUUUAAAUAUGAGCAUUCAUGGUGGAGAAACAAUUGGUAUUGUUGGAAGAACAGGCUCUGGAAAAUCAUCAUUAGGAGUUGCACUCUUUCGACUAGUAGAACCAACUGCUGGUACUAUCCUAAUUGACGAUGUGGAUAUCUGUACUAUUAGUUUGGAAGAUUUAAGAACAAAGCUAUCUAUUAUUCCUCAAGAUCCUGUUCUGUUUGUAGGUACAGUAAGGUACAACCUAGAUCCUUUUGGUAACUAUACAGAUGAGCAGAUCUGGAAAGCUCUGGAAAGAACAUUUAUGAAAGACACGAUAUUGAAACUCCCAGGAAAAUUACAGGCAGAAGUUGUUGAAAAUGGAGAAAACUUCUCAGUAGGGGAAAGACAGCUGCUUUGUAUGGCAAGAGCACUCCUUCGAAAUUCAAAAAUCAUACUUCUUGAUGAAGCCACGGCCUCAAUUGAUUCUGAAACUGAUGCACUAAUUCAGUGCACAAUCAGAGAAGCAUUCAAGAACUGCACAGUCUUAACCAUUGCGCAUCGCAUAAACACUGUUCUGGAGUGUGAUCAUAUUCUGGUUAUGGAUAAUGGAAAGGUAAUUGAGUUUGGCAAACCCGAAGAUCUUGUACAAAAACCAGAUUCUGCAUUUGGAUCACUCUUGGCUGCAGCAAACAAAGUGGCAUUAUAGAAGACAUAUUUUGUUUUGGCCACUGAAGAUGGAUGUAUGAUACAGAGAAGAAAUAAAGACAUUACUAGAUUGACAUGUUAACUUCCAGCAACAAGAUCUGAUUAGAAAUUAAAAUUGUGACCUUUAGCUGGAAGUCAUGUCACUACCAGUCACGUAACAUCACCUAAAAAGACUAAGGAUUAAGCUAGAAUAAAUGCCAGAUGAAUUAGUUGCUUACUUCACAUCUGGUUUGAAGUCUGGAAUGAAGCAUAUGUGUCAUAGUGCACCCAGCCAGUGGAAACUACGGAAAUGUACUAUAUUUACAGUACCACAUGCUAUCAUUUAAAACCAGUCCAAUAUUGUACCCUCCUAUAAAAAUAUAGAUAAAUGAUGAAACACUGGAAAAUGCAAGACAAUAAUAUUUUUAAAAGCUUUAUUAUAAAAUUAGAAGUGAAAAGACUGGAAGUUUAUGGGUAAGUGCUGAUUAAUAUCUUUCACUUUAAUAUGCAACAGGUGUAUUGAUCCAAGGCAUGAAAUACAGUUUGUUGGCAAGUUUGAUGUAAAGAUGAUUAUCUUGUAUACUCCAUGUGAUCUAUUAAUCAUUACAGACUGGAAAAAAAAUAAAAUUUUAUCCAUUGAA